AUGACAACGAGGAAAGCCAACAGUGUGGCGGACACGGUGACUACCUCCACCACCAGCAGCAGCACCACCACCACCACCACCAACCACCAGAACCAGCCGAGGAGCCGGAGUCCCAGCAGCGGGGUUCCCGGUGCCGAGGCUGCGGGCGGAGGGGCGGAGAUGUUCGGUGCAUUUCAGGACUGGUGCCUGCGGACGUACGGGGACACCGCCAAGACCAAGACCGUGACCCGGCGUAAAUACAACAAAAUCCUCCAGACUCUGGUCCAGGGGGACGAGGAGAACAGCAAUGGGGUGUUCCUGCACGAGAAAGGCAACAACCACAUCAACGCCAAAUUUAAAUUCUGGGUCAAGUCCAAGGGCUUCCAGGUCCGGACGCUGCGGGACGAGAAGAACGGGUCAUCGGACAGAGCGGUGCUGUACGUGCCCAUCAAGGCGACGUGUGUGGACGGAGUGUCCGGGGUGGACUCGUCCCUGAAGCGUGUGGCGGUGGUGGAAGAUUUCUUCGACAUCAUCUAUGCCAUGCACGUGGAGAUGAGCACGGACCCCGGAAAAGCCCCGAAACAUGCCGGCCAGAAGAAGACCUACAAAGCUAUAGCCGAGACGUACGCCUUCCUGCCCAGAGAGGCGGUGACUCACUUCCUGAUGAGCUGUGGAGAGUGUCAGAAGAGGAUGCACAUCAGCACCGCAGGACAGGACUACAAAGAGAACGACAGGCCGAGCUCUCUGGUGUUGGAGGUGAUAGACUACAACAUGCCUCUCACCACCACCUACAUGAAACACAUGAAGCUGCAGUGCAUGAGCAACAACAAGGAUGACAGUUCACUGAGCAGCGAGGAGGAGGCAGAGAUGAGCGAGCCCACAUGGUUAGCAGCUGAUCUGGGAGCAGCGUCUGACCUGAGCCCGGCCAGCCGAGGGGAGAGGAUGCGCCACAGUCCGCAGAACACACACAGCAAGGAGGACGACGAGGAUUCCUCGUCAGAGAGCGGCAGUGGGAGCGGGCUGCCGGCUCUGACCCCCCCCUCCUCCGCUGCUACGGACGCUGCUAUAGUCAGGGACACCGAGGUCGUCAAUGGCAACGGCGGCCCCGCCCCGCUGGACUUCAGCACGCCUACGUCCUCCUCCUCAUCGUCUGAGGACCAGCAGCCCAUGAACCUGAGCGACCCCCCCCCCUCAGCCCUGUCCUCCUCUCACCUGCCCGUCACCGUGUCGGUGGCGGCGGCGGCGCUGCUCGGCGCUCUGCACCCCGAGGAGCUCCGCAGGAAGUACCCGCUGGCUCCCAAACCCUCGCUGACCCCACACCCUGCCCUGCCUCUGCCACACACACACACACCUCACACACAUAAUGCACACACUCCCAACACACACUCGCAGUCCCACUCACACACUGCCGAGCUGCGACUGGAACGAGACGGCAGGGAUUACGGGGGCAAGUCCCCUCAGUACAGUUCUGGCGGCAGCUACGACAGUGUGAAGAUGGAGUUGGGAGCCGAGGAUCUGACCACAGGACGCCAGGUCGGCCCCGACGACGACGAUGACGACCAUGACGACCAUGACGACAACGACAAAAUCAACGAAGCAGAGGGAGUCGAUCCCGAGAGACUAAAGGCCUUCAAUAUGUUUGUGCGUCUGUUUGUGGACGAGAACUUGGAUCGAAUGGUUCCCAUCUCCAAACAGCCUAAGGAGAAGAUCCAGGCCAUCAUCGAGUCGUGCAGCAGACAGUUCCCAGAGUUCCAGGAGCGCGCCCGCAAGCGCAUCCGCACCUACCUCAAAUCCUGCCGACGCAUGAAGAAGAGCGGCAUGGAGACCCGCCCCACUCCGCCUCACCUCACCUCGGCCAUGGCUGAGAACAUCCUGGCUGCCGCCUGCGAAAGUGAAACACGCAACGCCGCCAAGAGGAUGCGCCUCGACACCUAUCACGACGAGCCCGUCUCCCUGGACAAAGCGUCCGGUGGGGGGGGGGGUCUGCGGGAGCCGGCGUCCCUCGCUCACUCGGCCUACUCCCUGGCCGCCUCCGCUUUCUCCUCCCAGGACUCCCAGCUCUACAUCAACGGGGCCGGCCUCAGCUACGGUUACCGUGGAUACCCGGGCCUGGGCGCUGCCAUGCAACACCCCGUUUCCCAGACGACCGGAGCUGCUAGUCAGAGCAACGGUCCCACAGACCUCAGCAUGAAGUCUCUGUCCUCCGCCAACAUCAGUAACUCCUCCCCUGCCUCCACCAACAACAGCCUGGGUGGGCGGGGCAGCGGGGGUGGAGGAGGGGGCGGGGCUUCCACCCAGCUCAGCCAACCAGAGAUCACCGCCGUGCGUCAGCUGAUCGCCGGCUACCGGGAGUCGGCCGCCUUCCUGCUCCGCUCGGCCGACGAGCUGGAGAACCUCAUCCUGCAGCAGAACUGAUUUGGGGAAAACGUGGGAGAACACACACACACACACACACACACACACACACACACACACACACACACACACACACACACACACACACACACACACAUCUCCCUUCAUGUUUGUGAAUGUCUGCGUCCCCCGCCUCUCCUAAUCAACCAGACCUCCUCCUGUUUUACUCCUCCCUCCUUAAAUCUGCCUUCUCUUCGGACACUGUGGCCACUUUGCAUUUUUUGGAGGAAAAAGUGGGAGACGGGGACGGAGGGGACGGAGAGGGAGGGAGAGAAGUCCCACCAAACGAGCCCCAAAACAAUCCCCCACAUCCUCAAUCCAGUUUAUCUGCCCGAGGAGGGAACUAAUGAAGAAAAAAGGAGCAUUGGGACUCUGAAGGAUUCUCUUCCUCUCCUCUCUGGAAGCACCUCAUAAUCAGCACCACACUCUGAGAGAAGGAGUGUGGAGGAGAGGAGGAGAGGAAGAGAGGAGGAGGAGGAGCAAAGGAAGAAGAGUAAAGGACUGAUGAUUCUGCUGCUGCGGUUUCAGAUAAAAAGACUCCUCGUGGGUGGAGUGAAGUUUUGGAGCUCCAACAGUUUUGAUGGGAGCCCGGGCCAACGCCGUCUAAUGAUGAUAACAAUUUCAAAUAAAUAACGACUUCCUGAGUUAGUACUACUGAAGCUCUUUGUUAAAUGACCAGUGUUUUUGAUUUAAUGGAAGAAUUCAUUUGUUUUUUUGGGAGUCCAGUGCGCCUAUUUGUUUGUUUGUUUACUUUUCCCAAGUGACUGAAAGAAAGGAGCGGUUUGAGCUAUCUUGACAGAAAGCACUGACUCUGAGUCCGGAGGGGUUAAAGGAUGGAAACUGGAAAAGAAAAAAAAGAAAAUGUUUGUUUAAAAAAAGAAAAAAGAAGGGGGAGAGAAACUUUGUGUGUGCUCGCUUGUAAAUAAGCUCUCUGUGUCCUAUAGCACUUUUCCCUCACCUGAAACCUCACCUCCUCCUCACCCCUUUUACCCAGGGAGCAACUUGCUACUUAUGCAUCCAAGACGCCAUGUUGACCGCCAGGAAAUACCUCAGAUCAGACCUGCCAAUUUCUGUUCCUCUCACACUCACACACACACA